GCACGCUUGUACUGUGCAAUUUACUCUGCAAUGACUUAUGCUCCUCCCCAUUCCUCCCUAUAGCCUUGAACCACAAUGAUUUUGUGGCUUACCACGUUUGUCACGUUUGCCACUGCUUUCACGGCAGCACAAGCAGUGUCCUCCACCAAUACAAGCUUGGGCAGCACUUACCGCCCCCUGUUUGCUCUUCAUUCCAACUCCACUCCAAUCUUUCAAAAUGUCACUGGUCAAAGUGUGAACCCCCUAGUCAAAGCUCUGCAGCCCAUCGAGGGACCCUCAAGCCACACCACUCUCCAGCGCCGAGAGGACCUGCCCACAGGGACUUGUGCUCCCGGGACCCCUUGUGUGAACGGAGCUUGUUGCAGCAACACUGGAAUCUGCGGAUACUCCCUCAAUGAGUGUGGAGCGGACGUGUGCAUUUCCAACUGCGAUGCUAAGGCUGAAUGUGGACAGUACGGAGUUGCGGGCAACAAUACUUGCCCGAUCAACGUGUGUUGUUCGAAGUUUGGUUUCUGCGGUACGACAUCGGACUUCUGUGAUGCAGGUUGCCAGGAAGGCUACGGUGGUUGUGGUGCAGUCACAGAGCCGUCCUGUGGUGGUUCUAGUGCAAGACAGAGAACCGUCGGCUACUACGAAGGAUGGUCGUCCACUCGCACAUGUGACAAGCGUCUUCCGUCCGACCUUGAGGUGACAGCACUGACACACAUAAACUUCGCAUUCAUCUACUUCCAUCCUACGACCUUUCAGAUCGUUCCAAUGAGCUCUGGGGACGAGGCAUUGUAUCCCCAAUUCACUGCGCUGAAAAAGACUAAGCCGGAACUCAAAACUUGGGUGUCUCUCGGAGGUUGGAGUUUCAAUGAUGCCACGAAUACCCCCAACACCCAAACAGCUUUCAGUGACUUGGCAGCGAAUGCAGCCAACCGACAGACCUUCAUCACAUCCGUCAUGUCUUUUCUGCAGGUCUGGGGAUUCGAUGGGCUGGAUAUCGACUGGGAGUACCCGGGCGCCCCAGAUCGAGGCGGCGUGGCUGCGGAUACGGAGAACUACGUCACGCUGCUUAAAGAGCUGAAAUCCGCCUUCGGAACUCGCUAUGGCUUGAGUGUCACGCUGCCCGCAUCCUAUUGGUAUCUGCGGUGGUUCGAUCUCCAGGGCAUUGAAGCAAACACCGAUUUUCUCAAUGUCAUGACCUAUGAUAUCCACGGAGUGUGGGACUCGUCCAACAAGUUCACGGGCCCCUAUGUCCGACCACAUACUAACUUGACUGAGAUCGCGGACUCGUUGGAUCUCCUCUGGCGCAAUGAUAUCAACCCGUCGAAUGUGAAUCUAGGAGUUGGCUGGUACGGCCGGUCUUUCACUCUAAAGGACCCGAGCUGUAACACUCCUGGCUGUGUGUUUAGCUAUGGAGGAACUGCAGGCGAAUGUACACAGUCGUCUGGAACUCUUUCAAAUGCGGAAAUCCAGCGUAUCAUUACAGCGAACAAUCUCGUUCCGACUUUUGACCAAGUCGCUGGUGUCAAGUGGAUCACCUGGGACACUGAUCAGUGGGUCAGCUACGAUGACGGCGAAUCAAUGCAGAUGAAGAUCGACUUUGCCAACAAACAUUGCUUAGGCGGAACCCUGAUUUGGUCCAUGGACCAGGAUAGCAGUGACCACACGAGUUCCAAUGAUCUGCUUGGCAUUGGGACCGCAAAUGGAGUCUCAGCCGCUGACGCCGCAGCAUAUAAAGAGAUUUUAGCCCAGGCAGAUCAGGCUGCUAGCAAGCGCAACUCCUGCUAUUGGACCUUCUGCGGGGGAGAGUGCGUGUCGGGAUAUUUCACUCAGACAUACGCAACCGGACAGGUCUUGGGGGUUGAUCGUGAUAGUUCGUGCCCCAGCGGAGAAUUCAAGCAGCUCUGCUGUGCGCCUGGGACGAACACGGGCGUCUGCUCCUGGCAUGGCUUCCGAGGGGUAGGCCUCUCCUGUGCCACGAAUUAUUGCCCGGAUGGCACGGAUCUGAUCGCGUCGAAUACCAAUCAGUAUGAAUACGAUACUUCCAUGGAUAACUUCAACGACUGGACAUGCAAUGGGGGAUCCCAGUCGUACUGUUGCUCGGGCUUCGAGCCCUCACCAUAUACCAACACCGACGCGCUGAACCUGGUCGGUCAAGAUCAGCAGUCCGGCGACGAUAAUAAGAACAACCUCAGCAAGCGAAAAGACUACAAAUACUUCAACAUCCAACCGAGCAGUCCCUUGUGCGAACCCAAGACGGGCCAAGCAGCUGUCGACGCCUUGCUUGGUACGGAAGACCUCCUCUGGCUCCCAAGCCUGAACGAUGAACUCUCACUCGCUGCCGACUCAAUCUACAAGUGCAUGGCCGAGGAAGAGAAUGCCGCGGCCGACUACAGCGCCGGUAUUGUCGCCAACAUAGGUCAAGGCGCCAUGGGGCCCGGCGACGUCCCGGUGCCUCCCGCCUCCUUUAUUGAGGUUCCUGCGACACUGGUGAACAAAGACGGGGGCUGGCAGCGGACGCAGUACGGGAAGAAGGACCGAGAUUGCAGCGUCACCUACUACUGUCGCUACGGCCACGGCUUUGAUGAGGUGUGCGACAACCAACGAUGGGCUAUCGAUAAGAUUAUGGGCGGAAAGACGGUCUAUAACGUCCAGAAACGCCCGAAAUCGACCUACAAGGAUGAAUGGUCCAGAUUCCGGAACCGGGCUUAUGUCAGUUUGCUUCAGUCGAAGGUCUCGCGUGGAUCCAUGACUCGAGUGAAUUGCGAGGUUGACGAAUUCCCCAUGGGAUCUCUUGAUGAUAGCGAGAUCCAGGGUCUCCGAUAUCUGAACGGCAUCGAGAACGGAUUACAGGGCCAGGAUUGGUCGGAUUGGAUUCAGACCGUCUUCAAUCCCUGUAAAGCAUUGCGCAAGGUGCGCGGCAUCAAACCCCCAGAACCCCCCGUCACCUGGAAGUUCGGCCCCAUCAGCGAUGAUGAUCCUCGUAACACCGCCCGCAUCGAUGGACAGCACUUUAUCCAGAAAUACGGCUUUGACUCGCAGACACCGGGCAGCGAGUGCUGGGCCGGGUACACCUACAUGCAAAACGAUGUGAGGGUUGUUCGCACCGUGCGCGACCAUGGUUUCCGCGUCCAUCCAAAUGAUCCAAUCUUCGCAGACCCCUACAACUGGCCGCGCCAGCAAUACGACACCGACCCCAGCUACCCCGACAAUCUCCCCUACAACAUCGCCUCGGCCUCAUGGUUGAAACGCGAUGUCGCCAAGUCCGUGCUUCAGCAGGAACUCCCCCUGUCAGCGAUCUACGAGGCCGAAGCCGUGGCGGAUCUGGUCCUGGAGGAGGCCGCCAGGCUGCCCCCGACCCCGGAACCCACGGACGGGGCGGCGUUCUCCUCGACCGCGGUUCUGACCCAGGAGGGUGUUUCCCAGCGGCCGAGUCUUCCAACGGAGAUCGCCCGCGAGACCAGUAUCCCCGCCGCUGCCGCUUCCGCUGCCGCUGCCGCCCCACCGGCUGUGACGGCGCCUGUAGAAGAGGCAGGGGAGUGGACCAGGCGCCGCAAAAGGCAUCUGGCGGAGCAUCGGCAGGGUCAAUACCACUAGGUUCCUCUGGGCUGACGGAGCGGAGGGGAAAGCCA